ACAAUGCAAUUCACUAUCCACGCGCACAGUGCAGACUCGCCAGUUGAUGCACCAUUAAGUGCAGCUAUGUGCACAUUCUACACAGCUGUUCGGGUCACCAUUAUCGAUAUUGUAGGUAGUCAGAGGGCAGUAAGACAUAUGUUAUGCAUUUGGGUCAUCAAUCGAUUCUAUUGUAUGCACAUCAGUUUUUUUUAUGAAGUUGCUAUGUAACUCACACCAGGCGCAUCCGUCUGGAUGAGAGAGAUGUGCAACAGUUGGUUGGUGUGUACACGUGUGUUCGCCAUUCACGGCAGGUUGAGUAGCGAUGUUCUGAAUACGGGGAACGAAUCAGGGCUGGUACCAGAGAUGUCGUACUUCACCAUCAUUGCACUCGUGUACAGCGCGGCCAAGAUGGCGCUAGGUGCCGUUUACUACAACGACUGCUCCCUUGAGCCCCGCCUUUUCGUCUAUCUAUUGGUCAGCUCAUCUCUCCUUCUGUUGUAUCUACCAAUCAUCGCCAAUCUGGGGCAGAAGGCCCUCGGUUUGAAAGUGUACAUCCGCCUCAUAACGUUCCUACAGCUUGUUGGACUUUGUUUCGGCAGUUAUCUCCUCUAUAACGUCCACAUUGGACGCCAGAACAACCAGCUGCAGGAUGUCACGUCCAAGGUCACCCCCAAGGUCACGUGCAAUGACGUCAUAUUCAAAUUCACCGCAGCAACCAUAGGUGUGGAGUGGACAUAUAUUUUCGUGUCAUUUUUGGCUCGUGGUUUUGUGACUGUGUUGUUUCAUCUAGUCGUUGUUUUACUGAAAACUGUUUUUAAGAUGUUGUUUUCAAUGAUGCGACACGACAAGAAGGAGAAAACCUCAUGAUCGGAAUGACACUUCUUAACACAAUUUCUAUUUUAUUUAAUACUUUUACUGAACAAGUUAUAUAUAUUUACGUUUAUUUAGGAAAAUUGUCAGCUGUUUGUAAAGUGUCUGCAGUGAUGACUUCCCGAAAUGCAGAAUUUUGUACUUGUGACUGAUAUGUUUUCCAGUGGAAUAAACGAAUAUAAGCUGUU